CGCCGCUGCCACACGGACAGUGGACAGGUCGACGUCAACGCAUCUCUUCACUAAAGUUUUCUUUUGAAAUUUAAUUUGAAAUCACUCUGUGAAAUAACAAGAUGCCGCCGACCACCGUGGCAGAAGACCGGCUAACGUCCGGUCACCGGCUUUCGCACCCCGCGCCCGGCGACGAGGUCCUCAUCACGGGAUGCUCCGGAUACUUCCCGGACUCGGACUCUGUCAUACAUCUGCAGGAGAACCUUUUUAAUAAGGUGGACCUGAUCUCUGGUGAUGGGCGCCGCUGGAAGCUAGCCCACCCUGAGAUUCCGCAGCGCACGGGAAAGAUAAACAAUGUCAACAAGUUUGACGCCUCCUUCUUCGGCGUGCACUUCAAGCAGGCGCACACCAUGGACCCCAUGUGCAGGAUACUGCUCGAAAAGGCUUACGAAGCAGUUAUUGACGCUGGUUUCAAUCCAAAAGAACUUCGUAAUACAAAGACUGGUGUGUUUAUCGGUGCUUGCUUUUCUGAAUCUGAGAAAACUUGGUUUUAUGAGAAAAUGCAGGUCAACGGUUUUGGUGUUACUGGAUGUUCCCGCGCCAUGUUAGCUAAUCGUAUCUCCUACUGGCUGGGAGUAACCGGUCCCUCGUACACGGUUGAUUCAGCGUGCUCCAGCUCGCUGUACGCCCUUGAGCACGCCUUCAGAGCCAUUCGCGAUGGCCACUGUGACGCCGCUAUUGUCGGUGGUUCCAACCUCUGUCUACACCCUUAUGUCUCUUUGCAGUUCUCCAGAUUGGGAGUGUUGUCACCUGAUGGCCGUUGUAAAAGUUUUGAUAACAGUGCAAACGGCUACGCGCGUUCUGAAGCGAUCGUCGUAUGUUUCCUACAAAAAGCCAAAGAUUCCCGAAGAGUAUACGCUCAGCUGCUCCACGCGAAGACGAACUGCGACGGGUACAAGGAGCAGGGCAUCACGUAUCCCGCUGGACAGAUCCAGAAGCUGCUUCUCAACGAGUUCUACGAGGAGUGCUCCAUACCACCAUCUACAUUGGAAUUCGUCGAAGCUCACGGCACUGGUACUCGCGUAGGCGACCCCGAGGAACUGCUGGCGAUCGACGAGGUGUUCUGCACAGGUCGCUCGGAGCCGCUCAUGAUUGGCUCGAUCAAGUCCAACCUGGGCCACAGCGAGCCCGCCUCUGGACUUUGUUCUAUCGCUAAACUCUGCAUUGCGUAUAGCACGGGAUACAUCCCACCCAACUUAAACUACAAAGUGCCGCGUGAGGGCGUGGCGGCGCUGUCAGAGGGUCGCAUGCAGGUGGUAACUGACAAGCAGCCCUGGGGCCGCGGCCUCUCCGGCAUCAACAGCUUCGGCUUCGGCGGUGCCAACGCGCACGUACUCCUCAAGAACGUCGGAAAACAAAAGGUAAACAAAGGUAUGCCAUCGGACGAUCUACCGCGGCUGGUGUGUGUGUCAGGGCGCACGGAGGCCGCAGUCGCCCGCAUACUGGAUGACCUGGAGUCGCGCACAGUCGACGUUGAACUGGUUCGUCUGCUACAUUCCAUACACAACGAAGAUAUCGCCGGACACGUCGUGCGAGGAUAUACAUUACUCGGAUCAACACCAACAAAGAGUGUGAGUUUAUCCCGCGACAUCCAAUACUUCUCCGGCGUUCAGCGGCCUGUGUGGUUUGUGUACUCCGGCAUGGGCUCGCAGUGGGCCGGCAUGGCCACACAGCUCAUGAGGAUACCUGUCUUCGCUGCCGCUAUACACAAAUGUCACAAAGUGUUAGAACCGAAAGGCAUCAACCUGACAAAGAUAGUGACGGACCCUGACCCGCGGAUAUACGACAAUAUACUUAACUCCUUCAUCGGCAUCGCGGCUGUGCAGAUCGGUCUCACAGAUGUGCUCAGAGCUGUCGGCAUCCAGCCAGACUAUAUCAUUGGUCACAGUGUCGGUGAACUGGGAUGCGCGUAUGCGGACGGUUGUUUCACUGCGGAAGAGAUGAUCCUGUCUGCGUAUUCCCGCGGCCUCGCCUCCAUCGAAACGCCCUUCAUCAAGGGAUCCAUGGCUGCAGUCGGAUUAGGAUACAAUCAGAUCAAAUCAAUAUGCCCGCCGGAGAUUGAGGUAGCGUGCCACAACGGACCAGACUCGAGCACCAUCUCGGGCCCUGCCGACAUCAUGAAGCAGUUCGUAGCGCAGUUGAGCAAGCAAGGAGUGUUCGCCAAGGAGGUGCCCUGCUCCAACAUUGCUUACCACUCCAGAUACAUCGCUGAUGCUGGUCCCAAGCUACUGAAAUAUCUAAGAGAAGUGAUCAAGGACCCUAAGCCCAGAUCCGAGCGCUGGGUGUCGACUUCGGUGCCUCAAGCUUUAUGGAAAGAUCCUAGAGCUGAACUAUCAUCAGCUGAAUACCACACCAACAACCUAUUGAGUCCAGUGCUAUUCGAAGAGACGGCACGCCUCAUCCAUCCCAACGCAAUCACCAUAGAAAUCGCCCCACACGGUCUGCUGCAGGCCAUCCUGCGCCGUUCCCUCAAGGAAGAGGUUAUGAACGUCGCCCUCACACAGAGGAAGCACGAAGACAAUGUUCAAGUAGUGUUCAACGCAUUAGGAAAGUUAUACGAGACGGGUUUGAACCCGCAGCUGGCUAACCUGUACCCGCACGUGGAGUUCCCCGUGUCACAGGGAACGCCGAUGUUAUCGCACCUCGUCGAAUGGGAACACAGUGAAGAUUGGUACGUAACAUCGUAUAAGGCGCAAGAGAAAAUGAAGUCUGGUGAAAGGACAGUCAGAAUGUCGAUCAUUGAUGAAGAUAGCGAGUACAUGGUUGGGCACGUUGUCGAUGGUCGCAACCUCUACCCUGCCACCGGGUACCUGGUGCUAGUUUGGGAGACGCUGGGCAUGAUGAUGGGUGAACUGUACACGGAAGUGUCUGUUGUGUUCGAGAACGUCCGCUUCCAGAGAGCCACCAACAUACCCAAAGAGGGCAACUUGGAGUUCAUUGUCAUGAUACAAAAAGGCAGCGGGAACUUUGAGAUUGUAGAAAGUGGUGCGUCGAUCGUAACAGGCCGUAUUUACGCCAAGAAGAACGUUGGCCAAGAAUACCGCGUGCUCCCCGCGCCACCCGAGGUGACGGGACCCGACGUCAGACACAUGCUUACUAAAGACUUCUACAAGGAAUUGCGUCUUAGAGGCUAUCAAUAUAGCGGCCUGUUCCGUGGUGUUGUCGGUUGCAACGUGGAAGGAACUCGCGGCCGCCUCGCGUGGGUCAACAACUGGGUCACCUUCAUGGACUGCAUGCUGCAGCUGAAGAUCGUCGGACAGGACACGCGCGGUCUCUUCGUGCCAACCAGGAUAGAAAAGCUCUGCAUCGACGCCGCGAUGCACUACAAUGCUAUCUCAAAUAUGAAUCCGGACUCUAACAGACAAUCAUUUGAAAUACGCGUCUAUCCAGAUGUCGACGUUAUCAGAGCUGGUGGAGUUGAAAUCAGAGGUCUUCACGCCACACCCAUAUCUAAGAAGAUACCACUAGGUGUUCCUGUUCUUGAGAAAAAUGAAUUUGUUGCUAACUUUGGUAAAGAUAAGAUGAAGAUGGAAGAUAUUCUGCGUGCCAAUAUUCAAAUAAUUCUAGAAAACAUACAGACAUACAAAGUAAAGAGCAUUGAAGUUGUCGAUGAAGAAUACAAAACAAAUGAAUUAAGUCCAGUCAUUGAGACGGUAGCUGACGUGCUCGGAGAUCUGCCUCUAGUGCAGGCUGAACUACUAGUUCUAACAGAGGAAACACUUGAAAUGCCCUCACACAUUACCGUGGAAAAUAAAAAACUAACCGGAGAAAGCAAUACUGUAAUCUUCGUUGGAGCUAAUCUUUUACAAAGACCAGGCGUUCUCCAACAAGCCGUGUCAACAUUAAGAGAUAAAUGCUUCAUUAUAAGUCGCGAAAAAAAUCGUCCCAAUCCCAAAGAUUACUCGGAUAAAUACGACAUAGUUACCAUUUACGAUACUGGAGUAGAAUAUGUCGUCAUGUUCAGAAAAAGAAUUGGAGCUAAACCUGCCAAAUUCUUUAGAAUCCUGGCAGCAGAUCAAGAAUUCUCUUGGAUCGACAAAGUCAAGGAGGAACUCAAAGAGGGACAAAAAGUAGUACUUUACAGUCAAGACGAGCCUAUUAAUGGUCUUUUAGGUCUUGUUAACUGUCUAAGAAGGGAACCUGGUGGAGAAAUUGUAUACGGUCUGCUUAUAGCCGACCCGUCCGCACCACCUUUUAACCCAGACUUGGAAUUCUAUGAGGAACAAUUGGAUAAGGAUCUUGCUUUGAAUGUUUAUCAAGAUGGUCAAUGGGGAACAUACCGGCACUUGCUACUUGGAGAUUUGGAAACUAUAAAGGCUGCACACGCUUUUGUUAACACGACAACUAUCGGUGAUUUGUCUUCAUUGAAAUGGUUACAAGGUAACCUUAAGGAGAAUCAUCAAUUCAAAAAUCCAAACAAGAUUCUUAUUCAAGUUUACUGCGCGGCUCUGAACUUCCGUGACGUAAUGACAGCAAUGGGCCGCGUUACAGUGGACGCGGUGGCUCGCGGCAGGCUGAACCAGGAGUGCGUGCAGGGCUUCGAAGUUGUGGGCAGGACGCCUAACGGUUCCCGUGUCAUGGCUAUGGUCCGCAACAGUGGUAUGGCCAACAUGGUGGCUGGUGAUAAGAUUCUGAUGUGGAACAUUCCUGACGAAUGGACCUUUGAAGAGGCUGCAAGCGUUCCCGUUGCUUACGGAACUGUCUACUACGCAUUUGUGAUGGUGGCGCGGCUGCAGCGCGGCGAGUCGGUGCUGAUUCAUGCUGGGUCUGGCGGUGUGGGUCAGGCCGCCAUCAACGUGGCGCUGCACUACGGCUGUGAGGUCUUUACCACCGUCGGCACACCUGAGAAGAGGGCUUUCAUCAAGAAACUCUUCCCGCAACUUAAAGACAGUCACAUUGGCAAUUCCCGUGACACAUCAUUCGAAGAUAUGAUCCGACGUGAGACCAAAGGAAAGGGCGUAGAUGUAGUACUGAAUUCACUGUCCGAUGAGAAAUUGCAGGCGUCAGUGCGUUGCUUAGGCUACCGAGGCCGAUUCCUCGAGAUCGGCAAGUUCGAUAUCAGCAACAACACACCAAUCGGCAUGUAUUACUUCCUUAAGGAGACCUCCUUCCACGGCAUCAUGUUGGACUACAUCUUCGACCAGAACAUUGAGUUCAGAAAGAAACUGCAAGAUCUUUUGCUGACGGGUAUCGAGAGCGGUGCCGUGCGACCACUCACUUACUGCAUUUUCGAGAAGGACGAAAUGGAACAGGCCUUCAGAUACAUGGCUGCCGGCAAACACAUCGGCAAGGUUAUUGUUAAAAUUCGGGAUGAGGAGCGCAUUAAUCGACCAGUCAAGCCCACGAGCGUGUUCAUAGAUGCCCUUCCAAGGUAUACCUGUCAGGAAGAGCUGGUGUACGUUGUGGUGGGAGGUCUGGGCGGCUUCGGGCUGGAACUGGCAGACUGGCUCAUCAUGCGCGGUGCUAGAAAGGUGCUCCUUACCUCUCGCAAGGGAAUCACCAACGGAUACCAAUCCAGCAGGAUAAGGGCGUGGUCUUCAUAUGGCGCCGAUGUUCGUAUAUCAACUCACGACGUGGUGACGGAAUCCGGGUGCGAGGAAAUGCUGAAGAUGGCCAACUCCAUGGGCCCCGUGGAGGCGAUCUUCAACUUGGCAGUCAUCCUCAAGGACUCCAUAUUCCAGAAUCAGACACCGGAAUCUUUCAAAAUAUCGUUCGGACCAAAAGCGAUCGCCACAAUGAAUUUGGACAAAUUAUCGAGAAAACUUUGUCCAGAAUUAAAGGACUUUGUAAUAUUCUCUUCGGUGUCGUGUGGGCGCGGGAACGCCGGACAGACGAAUUACGGACUCUCGAACUCCGUCAUGGAGAGGAUCUGCGAGUGGAGGAAGAAACUUGGUCUGCCCGCGCUCGCUGUGCAGUGGGGCGCCGUCGGAGAUGUGGGUCUGGUAGCAGACAUGCAGGACGAGGACGUGCAGCUUGAGAUUGGCGGCACUCUGCAGCAGAGGAUCUCUUCAUGCCUGUUGUCAUUGGACAAAUUCCUCAAGCAGGACGCGCCCAUCGUCUCCUCCAUCGUAGUCGCCGAGAAGAAGGCCGGCGGCUCCGGCUGCGGGAACAUAGUCGACACCGUUGCACAAAUUAUGGGUAUCAAGGAUUUGAAGACGGUGUCGCAGCAAGUGUCGUUGGCUGAGCUGGGUAUGGACAGUAUGAUGGCGGUCGAGAUCAAACAGACGCUCGAGAGAGAGUUCGAGAUCUUCCUCACAGCACAGGACAUUAGGACGCUCACCUUCGCCAGAUUAGUGGAAUUGACGGCGCAGAGAGAGGCGGCAGCGUCAACGUCGGCAGCCCGACCUGUGCAAGCGGACGCGGCUGCCGGACUCCGCGUCUUCAUCCGGAACUUCGGCGACGAGAAGGUCGCUUCCGAGCCCCUAAUCUACAUGUCUACGAUGGUCUCAGAUGGUGGAGAUAAUGAAGUACCGAUCGACGAGUCAGAGCCGGUGAUGUUCAUGGUGCCAGGGCUGGAGGGUUGCGCGGCUGUCAUGGAGCCACUCUGCCGCAGGCUUAAGAUCAAGAUAUGCGCGCUGCAGCUCGGCACCGAAUACAGGAACGAAGAUAUCGAGUCAAUGGUCAACAGGCUGCACCAGACAAUGAAGAGUCGGCUGGUCCCAGGAGCACCCUUCAUUCUGCUCGGAUACAGCUUCGGCACCUUGCCCGUCCUAAAGUUGGCGUCUGCACUUGAAAACGACGGUCACAAGGGUAGCGUUUUCUGCAUUGACGGAGCACCUGACUUCCUGUACAACUUGCUCACCAUGACACUAGACACCAAAGAUGACGUCUUGCUGCAGAACAGCUUAAUCUGUCACAUCAUUGACACCGUGUCUCCUAACAAUGAGGUGACCAGUACUCUCAUGGCGAAACUCAACGAGAUAGAGUCAUACGAGGAAAGGAUUAAGUUUGCAGGAUCAACGUUGCCCGUGAACCAAAAGUAUUCGGAGAACUUCGCAAGCGCGAUGGCGGUGGCCAGUUUUGAAAGACUAAAGAUGGUUUUGGACUUUAAGCCUCUGGAGAAGAAGCUAUCAGCUCCAAUAUACCUUCUGAGACCAAAAGAUCCCCCUCCGUUUGUAACUUGCGAGGAGAACUACGGCCUCGACAAAUACACCGAAGGCCAAGUGACCGUACACAAUUUGGAAGGCAACCACAUUACGAUUAUUGAAAAUAAGGAUUGCGCCAAUAUUAUUAACAGAAUUUUAUUGCAAAAAGAUAAGAAUAAGGAUACAGGCAAAACUGCUCUUAAUGUUGUAACCAGUAUGGUUGAAAAUCAAAGAACCGUGCAAAUCUAGUAUAACAUUUAUAAAACCGUAAAAUUAACUACACUAUUCUUGUUAAUUUCACUGUUUAUUAUAUUUAUAUAGUGUUUAUUUAUUGUUGUAACUUAUUUAGUUGUUAAUAUUGUUUUAAUUUGCAACACAAAGGCCAGUACCAAAUAAAAUAUUCAUUAGAUAGUUUAUAUUUUGUAAUUGCGUAGAAUAUUUUGUGACUGGGUCUUUCUUAGGUGAGUGUUAAGUUUGCAUAGCUUUCUAUUAACUAACUUGUGGUACUUCAUUAUUUAAUUAACUUUUUUUUUAUUUAUGUGAUGGGAUUAGAAAAUAUAAUAUUAAUGUUUU